AUGGAUCAGUUGGAACAAAAUCAAGCUGCUAUAAGGGAGGAUAUGACCACUGUGAAGGAUCAGAUUAGUCAGCUUGUUGAAGCCCUACAAGCUUUGGCUAGGGGACAGAAUGAAAUGCGUCAGACUACUCUAAGAGUCGCUACUGCCAACCCUGCUAUCGUGACAACACCAAAAAAAUCGCUAGGAGGAGCUGGUACACCUGUUAUAGCUCAACCACCUCCCGAGAGAGGUCCAAUGUAUCAAAAUGUUGCUCAGACGUUCAACAUCCCUGUCAAUGGGAGAGCUCAACCUGAGAUUGACGAUCAUCAGGAUGCUUUCUUCACCAUGAAGGCUGACUUAGUUUAUGACGCUUUUGGUCCUUCUGCUGCUGAUCUCGAAAGGAGAUUUUGUAUGAUGGAGGAGAGAUUCAAGGAGAUGGAAGGUCCCGAUACCUUUGGAUUAGAUAAUGCCGACAUGUGCCUAGUGCCAGGCGUGAAAAUUCCUUCUAAGUUCAAAGUUACAAACUUUGAAAAGUAUCAGGGGAUCACCUGUCCAAAGACCCACAUUCGAGCUUUUUGCAGAAAGAUGGCUGCUCAUUCUGAUGAUGAGAAACUCUUAAUGCACCUUUUCCAGGACAACCUUAGUGGAGCUUCUCUGAAAUGGUAUAUGCAGCUCGAGCGCGCGCAUACACAAACCUGA